AUGAAUGCAUUUGGCAACGUGCAAUGCGAGCCGAACUCAGUCUUCCUCUGGUCCGCACUUGAUCUUCCACAGGCCAUUUCCCAAACUAUCCACAUCGAUGCGAUCCCAUACACUCCUUUCCAGCUGCACUCCUUGGUCAUUGCCGCCUUCGCCUCGCUAGUCGCGCCGUUUGGAGGCUUCUAUGCAUCGGCGUUCAAGCGCUCCAUCAACGCCAAGGACUUCUCAUCGGUCAUUCCGGGUCACGGAGGUUUGACUGACAGGUUCGAUUGUCAAUUCCUGAUGGGUCUCUUCAGCUACGUCUACUACACCUCCCUCAUUAGAGAGCAUCGCGUGGGAUUGGGAUCCGUCAUGGAGACCGUCGUUACUCGUCUCAGCGCAGAGGAUCAGGUGGAGCUCUACAGGGAACUCGCGCGAUACCUCAAAGGACAAGGCAAGCUCUGA